UCUAUCUAAAGUCAAUACAAUCUGCUUGCUUUCCAUAUUCAUUGCUGCGAUCAAUCUCUCUCUCUCUGUUUUUUGUGCUUUCCAUAUAUUUCAUUUCAUUUCUCAGUAUCUUCUUUGUAGAUUUCCAUUCAAAUCAAUCAAAAUGGCUGGUUCUAAAGAUACAAAUCACCAUGUAAUAGUCGAAAUUCCAGUCGACGAAGAACAUCAACAGAAGCUAAAAACAGCCCUCGUUACAAUAUCCGCCAUAGAAAACCAUCCUCUAGCAGAAAUCUCCCGUAGCCCCGGUCAUCUUCUUCUCUUAAAGCUAUGGCAAAGAGAAGAAGAUCUAUUCGGCCGACGAAUCUCCAUUAAAGAAUCCCGAAUUGAAUCAAUUCGUGGAGAAAUUUUCCAACUUUGCUGUUUCUUUUUCAUUUUCCAUGCUUUAUUUCUCUCAAUUCUGUUUUCCACCUCGAUUGACAUUGUGGGUACUUCGUCGAUCUGCCGGAGAUGGUGGUUGCCGGCGAUGGUAUCGGUUUGUGUUUCGAUGGUAAUGGUGGUGUUGGUACAGGUUAAGCUUUGUUGGUAUUGGAAUGUUUGUGGGAAAUUGAAUCGGGAGAAAGAUGAUAACAGGGCUUUGAAUAGAUGUAUUCAAGAAUUGAGAAUGAAAGGGGCGAGUUUUGAUUUGUCAAAGGAACCGCAAGUUGGGAAGAAGAUGAAGAGUUCGAGUGUUGAGAUUAAAUGGAAACCGGUUUCUUGGUUUAGUCAGUAUUUGAUUACGAUUUGUCUUGUUUGUUUUGCAGGUUUGAUCUUCCCUGUUUCAAAAUUCAUGCUCUGUUUUUGAUUUGAUCGAAUUUGUUGAAAUUUUGAGUUAAAGCUUCGUUUUUUUUAAGAAGCUUAUUAUGGUGAGCUUAUUUAUUUAUUUAUUAUAUAACUAUUCUUUUUAAUCAUUUUUAUGAGUUUUAAUUAAAAGAUUCCUAUUUUUUUUUUUUUGUUAGGAUGAAGAAAGGGAGGAGUAUAUUUUUGUAAUUAAUUAGUUAGGAGGGAGUUUUUCAUCCAUAUUAUUAUUAUUGUUGUUAAUAUUAGCUUGUAAAUCGUCAAUCACUGGUUAAUUUGAUUACAAGAUAAUAAUGAUAAUAAUAAUAUAUGGGUUUUCUCUCUAAA